GCAGAAGCACGUGUUGUUGGUAAACAUACGUACAGCAAACAAUAGUUCAGCGAAAAUAAAAACCCCUCGUCGCUGCUGUGGUACAGUGCAAACAAUGGGAGAUAGUGUAAAUUUCCGAACAAUUUUAGAGUCAAAACAUAUUCUUGUGGUGUUAGAUCUGCCAGAGCUAGAUCUAGAACAUGAAAGUAAUCUUGUGCUGAAUAUUUUUCCGACAGAAUGCACUUUCACGGCUGCACCGUAUCAUGCAAGAAUACCUUUAUCGCAUCUUGUACAUCCCGGGAAGGCGUAUCCAGAAAAUAUUGAUUAUGAGAAAAGUGCGGUGACGUUUCGUGUUCCACUGGAUUGCGAAAUUAAACCGACCAACACCGAAACUCCUUCCUAUCCGUAUGGCUUCGGACGGCUUCAUAACGGUCCAUUGUUGCUGGAAACAAGCCAAGAGCUCAAGGUGCUUCCCGAUCCUUGCACGUACAACUUCCCGCAACGAUGGGAACUUAAAGAAGUAGCAGAAAAACAUGAUUUUAAUGGCGAACAUUAUGGAAUGGAUUACAUACAGUUCACUAUCGACAAGUUGGGUCUUAAUCUAGACAACAUUCCCGCGUCGUUUAAAUUAUCCGAAGAUCAAUCAUACCGGAUACGGGUGAUUCUAGACGAAAAAGUGCGACAAAAGGAAGCAUACUCCUGCAUCGAAGAUCACCAACCGCUUUUGCUUGGUCUGAUCGAUAUACUGCUUGCGAUCGGCUACGAUCAGUUGACUAACAACAACGAACUGAAUGAAGCAAAUUCACACAUCAAUAUUCAUCGCAUAUCCGCUACACUCGCGUACUUUGUGGAAUUUGACUGUGUGGAGCAAAUAUUACGAUCGUUCUACCGUCGUUCCUGCACGUAUCCUUACUAUCGGAACAAAGAAAUCUCACUAGUGUGUGCACAGCACGUGAUCAAUGGAAUAACGUCCGUAGACAGACGGACAUGGAUUCAACUGCAGCUGAUGCUUGCGUACGAAGCAUUUAAGACCACGGACUGUGCCGUGUUGAAUCAUUUCUUUAUCAAAGACUAUAUUCGCUAUGUGGAAUUAGGUUUAAAUGAAGAGAUUCUCAUGCUGCUCAUAAAUGAUAUGCAAAAGGCACUACCGGACGUACACCAGGCAGUGCUCGGUUUUGGUGAAGAAAAAAUGCUUCAAAAACUGCUUAUGGACAUCAUAACACAGGAGGAAUCAGAUAGCACCGACUCGGACGAUUACGAAUCGUCGGAAGAUGAGUGUGACGAUAGUAACAGUGACAACGAAUCUGUUACCACCAAUGAAGAACCAAGCGCAAAUGAAAAUGUGCUAGAAAAGCUAAUGAACCUGAAGCUGUCCGGUUGAAAACCGUUGAAUUGACCCUUGCAAUAAAAAGAAUAGCUGUACGGCUAACAUACCUAA